GUUAAUUUCUUUUCUUUGAAGUCAAGAUCCAAGAGCUAAAUUAAAUUAAUUUAAGAAAUAUUGACAAACAUUAAAGUUUAAAAAUAUGCUCAAGAGGCCUGAUCGUACUUUAUUACAGGAUCCUUCUUAUCCACAUGAUCUAACGAUUCCAUUGUCAGAAAAUGGUCCGACUCAAAGGACGCGAGAAUUGUUUCAAGUUGAACCAGAUGUCAUUGAUCCCCAACUCAGCGAGGCGGUUUCGCUUGGGACCACAAUCCUCGCAGUUUCUUAUAAGGGUGGUGUCGUGUUGGCUGCAGAUUCCCGUACCUCAAGUGGGUCGUAUGUAGUUAAUCGUACCUCUAACAAGCUUACAAAACUAUCGAAGUAUAUAUACUGCUGCCGAAGUGGUUCCGCCGCUGAUACACAAGCACUUGCUGAGCGUGUAUCUAAUUACUUAGAGUCUUACCAAACAGAAAUUGAAAGAGAGGUAAAUGUAACUACAGUUGCAAAUAUCUUCCAUAAAAUGUGUUACAUGAACAGGUGGCGUAUUUCAGCAGGUAUUAUUGUGGCUGGAUACGAUCCCAUUAACGGUGGAUCAGUUUACAGCAUCCCUUCAGGAGGUUCAUGUGUUAAGCUAGAUUAUGCCCUUGGUGGGAGUGGCUCCAUUUUCUUGUACUCGUUCUUUGAUGCAAAUUAUAAACCAGGGAUGAGUAAAGAGGAGUGCUUAAAGUUCUGCCAACGAGCUGUUGCUCACGCUUAUAGCCGUGACGGCUCAAGUGGUGGUCUUAUUCGUACAAUUGUCUUGCACUCAGGUGAACCAGAGGAUAUAACCAUUCCCUGGAACCUCACCCCAUAUUGCAUGGAAAAGGAUCCUAAAUAUGAGAACCAAGCUCCCCAAAAUACUCUUUACAGCAGCAGCGCCAAAUUAUCAGAAAAUCAAUUAACAACUGCUAAAGUUUAA